AUGGUCCUGGUGCUCAAGUGGUUUAUUGGCACUUUAAGAGGUCAGUACUGCUCGCGAAAUGAAAAACUCGGAUCUGAAAAGAAACCUUUGAACCCUUUCUUGGGUGAAUUGUUUGUUGGGAAGUGGGCUGGUGAUGCUGAGUCUGGUGAGACUGUUCUUGCUAGUGAACAGGUCAGUCACCAUCCUCCUAUCACCGGCUACAGUAUAUGGAACGACAAGCAUGGAGUGUAUUUGAAUGGUUACAACGGAAUGAAGGCCCGUAUCGCUACUACUACCAUUUCAGUCAAACAGAAUGGCCAUGCUACAUACUACUUAAAGGCGUUUGACGAGACGUAUAUCAUUUCUCUGCCGGCUCUUCAUAUCGAGGGAAUCCUGUUUGGAGCUCCCUAUGUUGAAUUAGAGGGCAAGUCGUUUAUCCACGGCUCGUCUGGUUACAGCGUGUCGAUCGAGUACACUGGAAAGGGAUACUUUUCAGGUAAGAAGAACUCGUUCAAGGCUAAAAUCUACAAGGGCUCGGAAGAUGCUGCUUUAUACAGAGUAUCUGGACAAUGGAGCGAAUCCAGCAAGAUCAAGGAUGAGAAGACCGGAGUCGAGACUCCAUUCUUGGACUCGCUCAAAAUCACUUCUGAGUCAUUGCAAGUCAAGCCCGAGGCCGAGCAGUCCGAGCUCGAGUCGAGACGUGCCUGGUCAAAGGUGGCUGCUGCUAUCAGAGAAGGCGACUAUGAACUGAUCCACCAGGAAAAGAGCAAGAUCGAGAACGAUCAACGUGAACUGCGAAAGACCGAGCAAGCCGAGGGCAAGACCUGGCCAUCCAAAUGGUUUGAAGAAGUGCCCGUCAGCAACGCUCCCGAGGUCUACCUCACCCUGUCAAAGGCCGCUGGUGUCGAGCCCGAGACCACCUGGACCUUUGUUAGAUCCAAGUUUGACGCCGCCGACGUCAAGCCCUAG